AGGGCUUGCGUCGCGGAAUAGCUUGCUUUACAUCCUUGUAAAAUCAUGCUGAAAGUUACUGGAUUCGCUUUAAUUCAUCUGAUGCAGCUGACAAUCAGUAUGGCGCUCGCAUCUGACGACUUGAAGAUCAAAUUUACAGUACCAACACAACAGCCUCUAAUACCAGGAGACGAAACUCUUCUUCAUGUGGACUGUCAUACCGCAACUAUUAAGAGAGAAGCCAUCCAAGCCUUGAAUAUGAUAUUCAGCUUACCGUAUUUCCUGCAAUUCAAAGGAAUCACCAGCUCAGCUGGAUAUGGUGAACCAUCUUCAUAUCGUAACGAAAGUGGUCGGCUGAUUGUAGAGUUCGCUCCUCCAAAAAAUUCUGCUAAUAUCAGCCUCGAUGUCACAUUUUUUGUGUUGAAACAAAGAUUAGUGCCCAGUGGAAGUGCGAGUACCUCAGCAAUUCACGUAGAUGUCAAUUACCGAAGAGGACCUCAAGAGUGUUCCCAGACACUCCAUAGCUACAGGGAUGUUGAAAUAGUGGUUUAUCACCCAGACUGCCAGAAUUUCGGUCCACUGGGAAUAAGUGAUGGAAGUGUGAAAGAAAGCCAACUGAGUGUCUCCUCUCUGUUUCAAACAAGUUCUGAGAUAGGAGGCUACGAGCCGUACGGUGCUGGCUUACAUGCCCUUAAACACUGGGCACCAGCUCGAGGUUUCCCUUCAUACGAUAGACGGCAAUAUGUUCAAGUGGACUUCAGAGAAGUAAAACGUAUUGAAAUGGUGUCUGCACAGGGUCACCAUGAAGCAAAGGCCCCUAUACGAUCGUUGAAGUUUAGUGUGAGCAAUGAAGGAUAUCGAUGGAAAGACUACAGUGAAAAGAACGUAGAGGUAAAACAACGUAAACCAAAAUUUAGAAGUCGGUUGAAGAAAGUGGCGAUUUUCACAUGA